GUUUAGAGAAGGGAACUGGCCUCCAAGGACCAGCUGAGCUCUUGACCGACCUGGCCGACGUACGUUUUCAACUCUGAAGAACGGUGGCCCCUCAAUGGGUCUCUAAAUGCCUCCACAAUUUUGCAGUUAGAGCUGUUUUGUCAAGGACCAGCCAUGCCCUUCCCAGCUCACUGUCUUCCGCGUCUGCAUGCCUGGCUGCUGGGCAGGCAGGGCUCAGCCACAUCAGCGAAGACCACUGCCAUUGCAUCGAAGGAGAUGCUCAUGACCGUGCCCACUGCCACCCCCGCCAUAGCAUCUGCCUCCGGUCUGUGCUCUCCCAUCCAGAUCCUGAGACUCUUCCGCGUCCUGCAGCUGCUCUCCACCUGUGCGGCCUUCUCCCUGGUGGCCAGCGUGGGCACCUGGAGGGGUGCCAUAAGUAACUGGUACAUAUUCACCUGGGCCUUCUGCUUCAUCGUGACCCUCUUCAUCCUCAUAGUCGAGUUAUGUGGGCUCCAGUCCUGCUUCCCCUUCUACUGGUACAAUUUUCCCAUCAACUAUGCCUGUUAUGCUGCCCACUUUUGCCUCUCGGCCUCCAUCCUCUUUGCCACCACCUGCAUCCAGUUCUUGUCUCAGGGCCCCACCCAGGACCACGCCAUCACCGCCACUGCAUUCUCCUGCAUCGCUGCUGUGGCUUAUGCCACUGAAGUGAUCUGGACCUGGGCCUGUUACCUGCCAGGUGAUAUCACCAGUUUUAUGGGCACCAUGUAUGGCUUGCUGAAGUUGCUAGAGAGCUUCGUGGCCAGUCUCAUCUUGGGCUUCAUCAGCGGCCCCCAGGUCUAUCAGCCCCAUCCAGCCCUGUUGUGGUGUGUGGCCGUGUACUCCAUCUGCUUCAUCCUGGGGACCGUGGCCCUCCUGCUGGGCCUGGUUGACUUCGACAAUAGGCAGCCUGUCCUCUUCUGCAUUUCCCUACUGGGGCUGAGCCUGCUCUCCGUCCUCCUCUACACCAGCGCUGUGGUCCUCUGGCCGCUCUACCAGUUCAGCGAGAAGUUGGGUGGCCAGCCCCAGCGGUCCAGCGAUGUGAGCUGCACUGAUGAGCUCCCCUCCACGAUGUGCAUCUGGGACCAACAAUUGGCUGUGGCCAUCCUGACAGCCAUCAACCUGCUGAUUUACAUGGCUGACACGGUGUACUGGGCCCUCCAGGUUUUUGUCAGGGACGGAGGAUCAGCCCAGGGGCUCCCAAUUCUUGCUUCCCUCUGAGUUCUUAUGGCCUCUGAUGUCCUCUUCCUGUCCCCUCUCUCCCUUCUCACAUUCUUCCCCACUCAUCUCGCUCUCUUUCCUGCUUCUUCCCUCCUUCUGCUCUGGGUCCUUCCUGUUGUGUGUGGUUGCCCACACCCUGU